AGAGGAGAAGGCGUAUAUGAAUCAAAGCUUGACGAGUCCGGGGCAAAACUUACAGUGUCUCUUGGCAACCUCACCACCGUUACAUCGAACCCUCUCGCCGCUCUGCUUCCUUCUCCGUCGUCGAUUUCGUCUUCUGAGUUAGAAGGUGAAUUGAUAAGGUCAAGCAAAGAUGGCGAACUUACAAGUUUCUGGAAUUAUUGAAAAGAUGACUGGCAAAGAUAAAGAUUUUAGAUACAUGGCAACGUCUGAUUUACUCAAUGAGUUGAAUAAGGAAUCCUUUAAACUCGAUACAGACUUGGAGAUGAGAUUGUCGAGCAUCAUACUUAAACAGCUUGAUGAUGUGGCUGGUGAUGUUUCUGGAUUGGCUGUUAAAUGUCUUGCUCCAUUGGUGAAGAAGGUUGGAGAAGAGCGUAUUGUGGAGAUGACCAACAAGUUAUGUGAGAAGCUGCUGCAUGGGAAAGACCAACACCGUGAUACCGCAAGCAUAGCUCUCAGGACUGUUGUCGCUCAAGUUGCUCCUUCGCUUGCUCCAUCUAUUCUUGUUACUCUAACUCCACAAAUGAUUGGAGGGAUAAGUGGCGAGGGACUGAGCUCAGGGAUUAAGUGUGAGUGUCUUGAGAUCAUGUGUGAUGUUGUUCAAAAGUACGGAAGUUUGAUGGCAGAUGAUCACAAUAAGCUACUGAACGCAUUGCUGUUGCAAUUGGGCUGUAACCAAGCCACAGUCAGGAAGAAGACUGUUACAUGCAUUGCAUCUCUUGCUUCGAGUCUGUCUGAUGAUUUGCUCGCAAAAGCGACAGUUCAAGUUGUGAAAAACCUAAGUAACAAGAAUGCGAAAUCGGAGAUUACACGCACCAAUAUUCAAAUGAUUGGAGCUUUAAGCCGCUCUGUCGGAUACCGAUUUGGGACUCAUCUUGGUAAUACUGUUCCAGUAUUGAUCAAAUACUGCACCAGCGCUUCGGAGAAUGAUGAGGAGCUCCGCGAGUAUAGCUUACAGGCACUUGAAAGUUUCUUGCUACGGUGUCCAAGGGACAUCUCACCAUAUUGUGAUGAAAUUUUGAACCUCACUUUAGAAUACAUAAGUUAUGACCCAAAUUUUACGGACAAUAUGGAGGAAGAUACUGAUGAUGAGACUCUUGAAGAUGAAGAAGAUGAUGAGAGUGCGAAUGAGUACACGGAUGAUGAGGAUGCCAGCUGGAAAGUUAGGAGAGCUGCGGCGAAAUGCUUGGCAGGAUUAAUAGUUUCUCGUUCUGAGAUGAUCUCUAAAGUAUAUCAAGAGGCCUGCCCAAAACUGAUUGAUAGAUUUAAGGAAAGAGAGGAAAAUGUGAAGAUGGAUGUUUUCAACACAUUCAUUGAUCUGUUACGGCAAACAGGAAAUGUCACAAAAGGUCAAACUGACACCGAUGAAUCAAGUGCGAAAUGGCUACUGAAGCAAGAAGUCUCAAAGAUUGUGAAAUCCAUAAAUAGGCAGCUGCGUGAAAAGUCUGUUAAGACGAAGGUUGGUGCAUUCUCUGUUUUGAGAGAACUUGUGGUCGUCCUGCCUGACUGCCUUGCUGAUCAUAUUGGUUCACUAGUUCCUGGAAUUGAAAGAGCGCUUAAUGAUAAAUCUUCUACUUCAAACUUGAAAAUCGAAGCUCUUGUCUUCACAAAAUUAGUAUUGGCAUCGCAUGCACCUCCUGUUUUUCAUCCUUACAUUAAGGCUCUUUCUAGUCCUGUUUUAGCUGCUGUUGGCGAACGCUAUUACAAGGUGACCGCCGAGGCAUUAAGGGUCUGUGGGGAACUUGUCAGAGUAGUACGCCCAAGUACUCAGGGUAUGGGCUUUGAUUUUAAACCAUUUGUUCAUCCGAUCUACAAUGCGAUAAUGUCUCGCUUGACAAAUCAAGAUCAGGACCAGGAGGUCAAGGAGUGUGCUAUUACCUGCAUGGGUCUUGUGAUUUCAACAUUUGGCGAUCAACUUGGAGCAGAGUUGCCUUCAUGCCUUCCUGUGCUUGUUGACCGAAUGGGAAACGAAAUCACUCGCCUCACAGCAGUAAAGGCAUUUGCUGUCAUUGCCACAUCUCCGCUGCACAUUGAUUUAUCAUGUGUCUUGGACCAUUUGAUUGCUGAAUUAACUGGGUUCUUAAGGAAGGCUAAUCGGGUUCUACGGCAAGCAACACUGAUUACCAUGAAUACCUUGGUAACAGCCUACGGUGAUAAAAUCGACUCAGAUGCUUAUGAAGUUAUUGUUGUGGAGCUUUCAUCUCUGAUAUGCGUUUCGGACCUCCAUAUGACGGCUCUUGCACUUGAACUCUGCUGCACUCUGAUGACCGGAAAGAGUUGUAGUGAAAAUAUCAGUUUGGCGGUUCGCAACAAAGUUCUUCCACAGGCAUUAACUUUAGUUAAAAGUCCAUUGCUCCAGGGUCAAGCACUUUUGGCUCUGCAAGGAUUCUUUGAAGCUCUGGUGUAUCAUGCAAAUACGAGUUUCUACACCUUACUCGACUCAUUACUUUCUUGUGCUAAGCCUUCCCCUCAGUCGGGAGGCGUCCCAAAGCAAGCAUUAUAUUCAAUUGCACAGUGUGUUGCAGUUCUUUGUCUCGCGGCAGGUGAUAAGAAUUGCUCGUCUACAGUUAAAAUGCUUAUAGAAAUCCUUAAAGAUGACAGCGGCACAAAUUCAGCAAAACAGCAUCUUGCCUUAUUGUCUCUUGGUGAGAUUGGGAGAAGGAAAGAUCUGAGCGCACAUGCUGGCAUUGAGACGAUCGUCAUUGAGUCUUUCCAAUCUCCUUUUGAAGAAAUAAAGUCUGCGGCUUCAUAUGCUCUUGGAAACAUUGCUGUUGGCAAUCUGUCGAAUUAUUUGCCUUUUAUCUUGAACCAGAUUGAUAAUCAACAGAAGAAACAAUAUAUUCUCCUUCAUUCGCUCAAGGAGGUGAUCGUGAGGCAGUCUGUUGAUAAAGCUGAUUUCCAGAAUUCCAGUGUUGAGAAAAUACUUGCGUUACUGUUUAACCACUGUGAAAGCGAGGAAGAGGGUGUAAGGAAUGUUGUUGCUGAAUGCUUGGGAAAAAUGGCGUUGAUAGAACCUGAGAAACUAGUUCCUGCACUUAAGGUGAGGACGACUAGUCCAGCCGCUUUUACUCGUGCGACUGUUGUUACCGCUGUGAAAUAUUCUGUCGUGGAACGGCCUGAGAAGUUGGAUGAAAUCAUCUUCCCCGAGAUUUCUUCAUUCCUCAUGUUAAUUAAAGAUGGUGACAGGCAUGUUAGGCGUGCAGCUGUGUCAGCUCUGAGUACCUUUGCUCACUACAAACCAAACCUCAUUAAAGGACUCCUCUCUGAGUUGUUACCGCUUCUUUAUGAUCAAACCGUUAUCAAGAAAGAGUUAAUAAGGACGGUUGAUCUAGGGCCAUUCAAGCACGUUGUUGAUGACGGGCUUGAACUGAGGAAAGCAGCUUUUGAGUGUGUAUUUACUCUGCUCGAUAGCUGUCUUGAUCAACUGAAUCCGUCUUCUUUCAUUAUCCCUUUCCUCAAAUCCGGACUAGAAGAUCAUUAUGAUCUGAAGAUGAUUUGUCAUCUUAUACUCUCACUACUAGCGGAUAAAUGCCCCUCGGCCGUGCUAGCUGUACUGGAUUCGCUUGUGGAACCACUUCAAAAAACAAUAAACUUCAAGCCAAAGCAAGAUGCCGUGAAGCAAGAGCAUGACCGUAAUGAAGACAUGAUCAGAAGUGCUCUUCGUGCUAUCUCAUCGUUGGAUCGGAUCAGUGGAGUGGAUUACAGCCACAAGUUCAAGAGCUUAAUGGCUGAGAUGAAGAGGUCUGAAUCAUUGUGGGGGAAGUAUCAGACAAUCCGCAAUGAGUAAAAAGAGUGUAUGUUCUUUUAUUACAUGAGGAACCAUAAAAGCUAUCGAUGAUGUUAUAGCCUUGUUUUUUUUUUACAAUCCGCAACAAGUCUGUUCUUUUUUUUUUCUGCUUUUGAAAUUUUCUUUUUGUGACAAUUCGAGGGAUUUUAUAGCCUUGUUUUAUUUGGCUUUUCAAUUGUUGGUAGUGGUAUUGUGCUUUCAUACUUUUGAUUGACUUUUAAAAAUGAGUAGAAACGUUAA